AAAGCAAUGCGUGUAUAUUUGUUGCAAUAAUACUACAUCUAACCUCUAGAGGGCAGUUAACAAUGCAAUAUGUGAGUGAGUCAUUUAAUGUAAGAUUCAGAAGCCAGCUCAACUUGUUCACGCGAGGUUGGAAAUAUGAUGAUGGAAAUAAACAAGGACAAUCCUCAUGAACUGAAUAAAGCUGACGAAACGCAUCAUAAUAUUACAACAAGACAGAAUGUUGCACAGAAACGAACUCUGAGAACAGGAGACAAACUGUGCGAAAAGAGAUGGACGCCAUACGGAUCGCUCGAUGAUUCACAGUGAAGAGAAGCCCACGUGUCAUCACUGUGGGAAGAGUUUCAGCAGAAAAUCGAACUUUGCAAUGCACAUAAAAAUACACACUGGAGAGAAACCAUUCGCGUGCCAUCAGUGUGAAAAAACUUUCCUAAAUACAAAAGAACUUAAGAUACACACAAGAACUCACACUGGCGAGAGACCAUACACUUGUCACGAGUGUGGAAAAAGUUUUUCCCAAAAACGAAACUUGAAGAGACAUAAGAAAAUCCACACUGGAGAGAAACCAUUCACGUGUCAUCACUGUGCAAAGAGUUUCAUUCAAAGAAGUCAACUUAAGGGACACAUGAGAAGUCACACUGGACAGAAACCAUUCACGUGUGAUCUGUGUGGAAAGAGUUUUUCAUGUCUAGUAAACCUUAAGAUUCACGCAAGAGUUCACACUAGAGAGAAACCCUUUCCAUGCCUUCAGUGUAACAACAGUUUCAAAAGUAAAUCUAACCUUACAGCACACAUGAAAAUUCACAGUCAAGAGAAAUCUUUCGUUUGUCUUCAGUGUCAAAAGUGUUUCAGGAAUAAAAGUAAACUUAAGAGACACGUGACAAUUCACACUGGAGAGAAACCUUUUGCAUGUCAUCUGUGUGGAGGGAGUUUUACCCGUAAAGAGGCUCUUCAGAUGCACAUGACAGUUCACACUGGAGAGAAACCAUUCACGUGUGAUCUGUGUGGAAGUAGUUUUACCCGUAAAGAUGCUCUUCAGAUACACAUGAGAAUUCACACUGGAGAGAAACCAUUUGCAUGUCAUCUGUGUGAGAAGAGUUUUACAAGUAAAGGCACUCUUCGGAUACACAUGAGAAUCCACACUGGAAAGAAACCAUUCACGUGUGAUCUGUGUGGAAAGAGUUUUUCAUGUCUAGUAAACCUUAAGAUUCACGCAAGAGUUCACACCGGAGAAAAACCCUUUCCAUGCCAUCAGUGUAACAACAGUUUCAAAAGUAAAUCUAACCUUACAGCACACAUGAAAAUUCACAGUCAAGAGAAACCUUUCAUUUGUCUUCAGUGUCAAAAGUGUUUCAGGGAUAAAAGACAACUUAAGAGACACAUGACAAUUCACACUGGAGAGAAACCUUUUGCAUGUCAUCUGUGUGAAAAGAGUUUUACAAGUAAGGGCACUCUUCGGAUACACAUGACAGCUCACACUGGAGAGAAACCAUUCAAGUGUGAUCUGUGUGGAAAGAGUUUUUCAUAUCUAUCCAGCCUUAAGAUGCACGCAAGAGUUCACACCAGAGAGAAACCGUUUACAUGCCAUCAGUGUGGAGGGAGUUUUACCCGUAAAGAUGCUCUUCAGAUACACAUGAGCAUUCACACCGGAGAUAAACCAUUUUCAUGUCAUCUGUGUGAGAAGAGUUUUACAAGUAAAGGCACUCUUCGGAUACACAUGAGAAUCCACACUGGAAAGAAACCAUUCACGUGUGAUCUGUGUGGAAAGAGUUUUUCAUAUCUAUUUAGCCUUAAGAUUCACGCAAGAGUUCACACUGGAGAGAAACCCUUUCCAUGCCAUCAGUGUAACAAGUGUUUCAAAAGUAAAUCUAACCUGACAGCACACAUGAAAAUUCACAGUCAAGAGAAACCUUUCGUUUGUCUUCAGUGUCAAAAGUGUUUCAGGGAUAAAAGACAACUUAAGAGUCACAUGACAAUUCACACUGGAGAGAAACCUUUUGCAUGUCAUCUGUGUGAAAAGAGUUUUACAAGUAAGGGCACUCUUCGGAUACACAUGACAGCUCACACUGGAGAGAAACCAUUCAAGUGUGAUCUGUGUGGAAAGAGUUUUACAAGUAAGGGCACUCUUCGGAUACACAUGACAGCUCACACUGGAGAGAAACCAUUCAAGUGUGAUCUGUGUGGAAAGAGUUUUUCAUAUCUAUCUAGCCUUAAGAUGCACGCAAGAGUUCACACCAGAGAGAAAUCGUUUACAUGCCAUCAGUGUGGAGGGAGUUUUUCCCGUAAAGAUGCUCUUCAGAUACACAUGAGAAUUCACACCGGAGAUAAACCAUUUUCAUGUCAUCUGUGUGAGAAGAGUUUUACAAGUAAAGGCACUCUUCGGAUACACAUGAGAAUCCACACUGGAAAGAAACCAUUCACGUGUGAUCUGUGUGGAAAGAGUUUUUUAUAUCUAGUAAACCUUAAGAUUCACGCAAGAGUUCACACUGGAGAAAAACCCUUUCCAUGCCAUCAGUGUAACAAGUGUUUCAAAAGUAAAUCUAACCUGACAGCACACAUGAAAAUUCACAGUCAAGAGAAACCUUUCGUUUGUCUUCAGUGUCAAAACUGUUUCAGGGAUAAAAGACAACUUAAGAGUCACAUGACAAUUCACACUGGAGAGAAACCUUUUGCAUGUCAUCUGUGUGAAAAGAGUUUUACAAGUAAGGGCACUCUUCAGAUACACAUGACAGCUCACACUGGAGAGAAACCAUUCAAGUGUGAUCUGUGUGGAAAGAGUUUUUCAUAUCUAUCCAGCCUUAAGAUGCACGCAAGAGUUCACACCAGAGAGAAACCGUUUACAUGCCAUCAGUGUGGAGGGAGUUUUACCCGUAAAGAUGCUCUUCAGAUACACAUGAGAAUUCACACCGGAGAUAAACCAUUUUCAUGUCAUCUGUGUGAGAAGAGUUUUACAAGUAAAGGCACUCUUCGGAUACACAUGAGAAUCCACACUGGAAAGAAACCAUUCACGUGUGAUCUGUGUGGAAAGAGUUUUUUAUAUCUAUUUAGCCUUAAGAUUCACACAAGAGUUCACACUGGAGAGAAACCCUUUCCAUGCCUUCAGUGUAAAAGCAGUUUCAAAAGUAAAUCUAACCUGACAGCACACAUGAAAAUUCACAGUAAAGAGAAACCUUUUGUUUGUCUUCAGUGUCAAAAGUGUUUCAGAGAUGAAAGUCAACUUAAGAGACACAUGACAGUUCACAUGGAGACAAACCAUUCAGAUGCUAUCAAUGUGAAAAGUGUUUCAAAAGAAAAUCUCGCCUCAACACACACGUGAGAAUUCAUGCUGGAAAGAAACCAUUCCCAACUGUGGAGUAAUGAUAUACACAUGAGUGGACUUUCUGUUGUAAAGUCUCAAGUGCAAUUCAUAUGUUUGCUUAGGACCUACGACGUAGGCUAUGCCGCAGUUUUCAAUUAUUCUUCUGCGACAUUGUGUGUGGAGCAAAGGUUGGCCAAACUUUUAUCCAGCCCACGAAACAGUUAAUAAUCAUAAUAAACAGUAUUACUCAUUUGAUGCAAUACCAUCAGCAUCCAAAGGAUGUCGCUAGCCCUGAAAAACUUGACUGACAAAUGACACACUGAAUUUUGUGUGUUUAAAAUAGAAUGUACAACAAAAUACUACACUAACAUCAGACAGAAGCCAUUAUGUGUUAUUUGUCAUUUUUAAAUUUUAAUAUUAAUACUGUUUACUGAUUUGGCCUUAAGAGAAUGAAGUAUGCUUUAACUACAUUAAGCAUAUUUUUUUAUUUGUUGUAACCACAAAUUUACUAUGGUCUCAUCAUGGUAUUUUAUUUGUAGUAAAACAAAUGGGAAUUAAUCUGCAAAAACAUGGUUACUAAUCAUGUUUUUUGGUGUAUUAAUUACUUUCAGCAAAACUAUAGUUUUACUACACUUACAUGGUUUAACUAUGUUUUUACCAUGGCUUUACUACAGUAACCAUUUUCUUUUACUGUAGUAAAAACAUGGUUAAUUUUCAUAAGGGAUGAAUCUGACAUUUUGGUUUUGGUUUAAAAACAUACAGGAAUUUGAAAAUAAAAUGCAGGACUUGCUUGAUGUUUAAAGUGUUAUUAACUCUUUCGCCGCCAAUGACGAGAUAUCUCGUCAAUCAAGAGAUAACGCUUCUCCGCCAAUGACGAAUCUUUCCGCAAUACCGCUAUUAUUCACUAGGUGGCGCCCUUCCGCAACUUUUUAAACCCGGAAGAAUUGCCCUAUGGCAAGCUGCUGCAUGUCUGUGUCUGUUUUAAAGAUCGCUCUGAAUGGGAUCUCUAUGAAAAGUCCAUCACAAAAAUUGAAUUUUCUCUGCUUUUUGCUCAAAAUGUGGUGUUUUUGCAGAAACCUACUCCAUAUUCAAAAGCUGAUUACAAAAGAACUACUGAAGGUAGGAUGAAAAGGUUUUUUGUUUGUUUGAAAGCAGAGGGUCUGUUAUUUCAUUUGGUAUAUUGUAUGUUUAUAUAUUUGAAGAAGAACAUUUUCUGGAAGGCAUUAAACUUUUGUGAAAAUUCUGAAAAACGCUGGCGCUGGCUGGCAACUUUUUUUUGUAAAACGCUGGCGGCGAAAAAGUUAAGAGAAAUAAAGUUCGGGAACUGAUUUAUGUUAAAAAGUUAUUAAGAUCGACAAGACUCGCGCUGACUGACAGAUCCGAAAGCGAUACCAACUUGAUCUCACAAAUUUCCGUGCAAUAGUCACGCAUUAUUUUGCUCAGUUUUGCGUGACAUUGUCACUUAUUUCCACCAUUUUACGUGCCCCGCCACGACUUUCUUUUCCGUGACAGUUUCACGUAUUGGUUACUCAACUGUUGCGUUCGGGUCUUUGACGUUAACUUACUCAUGCGUUAAUGCCGUCCUCUUAAAACGCGAUCGCCUUUCAGGAUGAAUAAUGCCGUUAAAAAAAAUAUAUAUAUAUAUACAUGUUUGCUUUACGGAGCCUUCGCGUGGUGAGUCUCGUUUAGUUGAGAAGACAGAGAUAUUUUAAUUAGGAAGACAUCACCCUUCGGUGUUUACCAUGAACCGUAACUCCUCAGGCAAUCAAUAUGAUCAGUGACACCUGUUGCGGCCGAAGCUCAGGCAAUCAUCAGUGACACCUGUGCAAGCGUCCAGUGAGUUGCUUUGGUCGAUUACAGUUUACGUUAAACAGGACUGCAUUGUAUUAAUCUGUUCAUUGAAAUGAAACGGCCUCCUUGCGUUUUUGUGCCAAGUUUGCGAGCUUCCCUAAAUAAGGGACUUUGGCAAAGAUGAGUUGCGUUCGAAGGGGCUGGUCAAACAACGCCUACCGUAACCUUGUGUUGCAGUCUGUGAGAACGAGUGGCAAAUGAGACCGAGUAGCAUAUCGUGAAUGAGAGAUCCUGGGAAAAGGUUAAAUUGGCAUGAAAACGUCGCGGGCCGAGUAAACACACCGAAUUCACAAACAAGCAGAGGAAGGGCGAGCGGUUUGACAUCCGAUAACAAUCGCUUUGAAAACGUUUGGUUUACACUAAGCAUCGAGCAAUGAACUUCAGCUACGACACCUACGGGCAGCAGGAGAGAGUGUUAGUUCAGCGUUUAAAUAGUCGGCAUUGAGCUGUGAUUGGUAAGCCGAUUUUAUGAAUGAAUGACGUGGUAUUAGAGUCUUCCUGGUAGAACUUACGCUGACGCUUUCAUUGCUCUAACAAAUCCUAAAAUUUCACUUCUCAGAGUUUUUAAAAAUAAAUGUAAAUCGUGUGUAAAUGUGAGGAGAUCCUGAUGGGACGAAAGUAACACUUGUUACUUUUGUCCCGCUGCUAAUACUGUUGUAUAUGUUGAAAAUUAAUAUUAUCUAAUUUGAUUUAAUUUCAUUUGCAUAGUGUUUAAACUGUUGAUUUUUUUUUUAUUCUCAACAAUUUAAGUUAAGUGUACCGUUGGUUGCUUUUGAAACAUUUGAUAAAACUGGAAUGUAAAAUAAAAAUGUACACUGUAAAAAAAUUCCGUAGAAAUUUCAAUGUUAUUGCAGCUGGGUUGCCGGUAAUU